AGUCACAGGGUGACAGAAAAAAAAAAGCCGCCACCAUAAAAGGAUGUCUGGUAAUCUCCCUUAAAACAACAUGCCAAGGUUAACCUACUUCAGUUUGGGCGAAUACUGACUGCCGCCACACAGGGGCCCCAACAAGGCACUGAGAGUCUCCCCUCAGGGCUCUAUGACGCAGCGUCCACCGGCCUGGCCUCGACCUGGGAAGGCGCUUCUCCUGGAACGGGAGCCCCACCACCUGCUGGAAGAACCGGCCGCCCGCUCCGGAGCGGCAAGACCACGUGUGCCCCAGCUGUCUGUGCACAGAGACCCUGAACACCACUGAUGGAUAUAAAAAUGGACAAUUUUACUACACCCUCUGCAGCUUCUCUGGAAAGUGACUGUGAUCUCUAUGCCCACCACCACACAGCCAGGAUCCUCAUGCCACUGCAUUACAGCAUCGUCUUCAUAAUUGGGCUUGUGGGAAACUUACUGGCCUUGAUUGUCAUUAUUCAGAACAGGAAAAAAAUCAAUUCUACCACUCUCUAUUCAACCAACUUGGUGAUUUCGGAUAUACUUUUUACCACAGCUCUGCCUACACGGAUAGCCUACUAUGCACUGGGCUUUGACUGGAGAAUCGGCGAUGCCCUGUGUAGGAUAACCGCUCUUGUGUUUUACAUCAACACAUAUGCAGGUGUGAACUUCAUGACCUGCCUGAGCAUUGACCGGUUCUUUGCUGUGGUGCACCCCCUGCGGUACAAUAAGAUAAAAAGAAUUGAACACGCGAAAGGCAUCUGCAUAUUUGUCUGGAUCGUGGUAUUUGCUCAAACACUCCCGUUACUCAUAAACCCUAUGUCAAAACAGGAGGCUGAAAGGACUACGUGUAUGGAAUAUCCAAACUUCGAGGAAACUGAAUCCCUCCCCUGGAUUCUGCUUGGUGCCUGUUUCAUAGGAUACGUAAUUCCGCUCGUCAUUAUUCUUAUCUGCUAUUCUCAAAUCUGUUGCAAGCUCUUUAAAACUGCCAAACAGAACCCGCUAACUGAGAAAUCUGGUGUCAACAAAAAGGCUCUCAACACAAUUAUUUUUAUAAUUGUUGUGUUUGUUGUAUGUUUCACGCCGUACCAUGUUGCGAUUAUUCAACACAUGAUCAAGAAGCUUCGUUUUCCUGGUCUCCUGGAAUGCAGCCAAAGACAUUCAUUCCAGAUAUCUCUGCACUUUACAGUAUGUCUGAUGAACUUCAACUGCUGCAUGGACCCUUUUAUAUAUUUUUUUGCAUGUAAAGGGUACAAGAGAAAGGUCAUGAAGAUGUUGAAACGUCAAGUCAGUGUAUCAAUUUCCAGUGCUGUGAGGUCAGCCCCUGAAGAAAACUCACGUGAAAUGACAGAAACUCAAAUGAUGAUACAUUCCAAGUCUUUAAAUGGAAAGUAAAAGGAAAGGAGUCUUGGAUUUAUACCAAAGUAGACUGUAUGUUGAAUUUUGCAAGACUUUUCUUAUAACAAGUGUUAGACUUCCCAUUAGGAUUCUUUUGAAUUCCUUUCACUGGGCACUAUUUCUCACCUCCAACUUGGAAGUAAACUGAUGUAUUUUUACACUCAAGAACAACAUUCAGCAAAAUUCUCAUUUGUAAAUGAAAUAAUAUACCUUUAAAAGGGAGGGUAUUUUAAUAAGUCUCAGUGUAAAAAGAAAAGUUUUGUGUUAACAAAAAAUUAAAUCAUUAAGGUUCCUCACCAAUAAUUCAAAAAAAGAAAAAAUGACUAUUCAAAUUGUAUAUUGCCAGUGUAGAAAUGUUAAUAUUGUAAUAUUUCCUUUCUCUCUUUUUUUUUUUUUGUGUGUAUAACAUAUCAAUUCAUGUUUCUUUCAAUCUUAGACUUUACCUCCUUGAUAAUAACCAUUUUUUUUUCCUGAGUCAUAAAUUUUCAUCUCAAGAAACUUGUUUUUGAAUAAAGAGCUAGAUGCUA